UUAAUUUUCUCAACCACAUAUUAAUUCAUUUUACCAACUUAUGCAACUACAUUCGUCCGUUUUUUCCUCCAGCGGCACUUCUUUCGCACUUUAUAAUCUCUUUCCUCCAUUCAUUUUUUUUGUUUCAUCUCAACACAGUUUUCUACUGAGUAUCAUUCUUAUCCGGAGUAUUUACAAUGCAGAGCAAAUUUCUUUCUUUAAUUUGUACUUGUAUUCAGUUACAUUGUUGGAGGAUAAGAUAGUGCCAAACAAUUUUACGAGUUAUUGGAUUCUGCUCAACAACCUUUGUGGUCUGGAUGUACAACAGAUACUGAAUUAUCUUUUACCCUUAAGAUGAUGAGUAUUAAGUCAUCCUAUAACAUUGCACAACAAGCAAUGGAUGAGAUAUUCGAUGCUUCCAAAUAAGGUGCCAUCAAGUUUCUAUGAAGCUGAAAAGUUGGUCUCUAAACUCGGUCUUGGUCAUGAAAAAAUUGAUUGUUGUGUGAAUGGAUGCAUGUUGUAUUAUAAGGAGGAUAUUGCAUUGACAGAAUGCAAAUUUUGUUUUGAGCCACGCUUCAAAAAAAGUAACAAGCCAAAUUCAAAAGUUCCUCGAAAAAGGAUGCACUACUUACCACUUAUUCCGAGGUUGCAACGGUUAUACGCAUCACCGAGUUUUGCGAAACAUAUGAGGUGGCAUUUUGAAAAUCAACGUGAGCCCGAUGUUAUGUGUCACCCAUCAGAUGGUGAGGCAUGGAAGCACUUUGAUCAAAUGCACCCCCAAUUUGCUUUCGAACCACGCAAUGUUAGACUUGGACUUUGUUCAGAUGGCUUCUCUCCAUUUGGUAUGUCUGCUAAAUCAUAUUCAUGUUGGCCCAUUAUUGUUACAGUGUACAACCUGCCACCCUCUAUGUGUAUGACGACUCCUUAUAUGUUUUUGAAUUCUAUUAUUCCUGGUAAGUAUAACCCAAAGGCUAAAAUAGAUGUGUACUUACAACCAUUGAUUGAUGAGUUGAAGUGUUUGUGGGAAACUAGUGUUGUCACUUAUGAUGUAUCCUUAAAGCACAACUUCGUAUUGAAAGCAGCUUUAAUGUGGACAAUAAGUGAUUUCCCUGCAUAUGGGAUGCUAUCAGGUUGGCAGACUGCUGGGAAAUUGUCAUGCCCAUAUUGUAUGGAAUCCUCAAAAUCUUUUUGGCUAAAGAACGGAGGCAAGUGUUCAUGGUUUGAUUGUCAUCGUCAAUUCCUGCCUAUGGGUCAUCCAUUUAGAAGAAACAGAGAUGCCUUUAUAAAAGGAAGGAUUGAAAAGUCAUACCCUCCAUAUAUUUUGAGUGGUGAGGAAGUUUUAGAACGUGUGUCAUAUAUUCCACAAAUAACAGAACAACAAGGUUUAAAGAUACCUGGUUACGGUUCAACACAUAACUGGACCAAGCGAAGUAUCUUUUGGGAGCUACCAUAUUGGAAAAAUAAUAUGAUUCGACAUAAUCUCGAUGUUAUGCACAUCGAAAAAAUGUUUUUGAUAAUGUGUUCCACACAGUUAUGAAUAGCAAGGGAACAAAAAAUAAUAAAGAUGGUGUGAAAGCGCGAAUGGAUUUAAAAGAGCACUGCUCGCGCCAUGAACUGGAAUUCUGAUGUGGGCAUGGCGUUGCACACGGGGGGAUCUAUCCCCAUCACAGAGCACCGCCGACGAUAUGAGGAAAAGUAUCAAGAAACAGCACCCCCAGAAAAAAUAUUUCUGCUAACACAUACAAAAGGAGACAGAACAUUUGUGACACCAAAAGCUAAAUCAAUCUAUGACUCAUAUGAAGAACUAAAGUCAAAAGAGUCAAAUGCCAAGUCUCAAGAUCUAAUGUUGAAGGCUGCCGGAGGGCGAAAAAAAGGAGGAAAAGUUACUGGUUUUGCCGCAGCAAGUAUUUAUUUCUUUCCUUCAGUCUCUACAUAUGAGAACAUUCCACAACAAUCAUACGAGGACAAAUUACUUCAAAAACGUGUGGAGCAAGUAGAGAAGUCCAAUAAUGCUCUUCUAGACACUAACAAAGAACUUGUGCAGUUUAAAGAAUCUGCAUCAGCUACUAUAGCAGAAAUGCAAGCCAUCAUUACAACUAUGAAAAUGGCACAACCAUUGCAACACGAUGCAUUUAUGAAUGUGAUCCCUAAUAUGCAACAAGGUACAUUCAUGAGCUCUGUUCCACACAAUCAACAAAGUGCUUAUAUAAAUAUUUCUCCACAACAGCCCCACGUGGGAUCUUUUAUGAGCAUGUUGAUGCCCCAACCUUCUCAAGUCUUCAACAAUGGCUACAAUCAUUCAAACCGGGGUGAAAAGGGAUGUGAGGAUGUUGAAGAUGAUCUCAAUCAGUGACUUUGUAAUCCUUUUAAUUUAAGCAAUUUUAAUUUCGAAUUUUAUCAAGUACUCUGUCUUUUAAUGGAUUUAUGAUGUAGAAUGAUGAAUGUCAUGAAUAACUUAUUACCUGAUUUGAAUGAAAUGUUUGAUGUUUAUUUUUAUUGUUUGGUAUUUAAAUGAGAAUUGGGUUUGUAUUCAAAAAAAAUUUUUGGUA